AGGAACACGUCACCACCUAAUACGCAGCAGGUGUCUGUCCAAAUCGCCCAUUACAUGAGUACCUGAGUUUAAUGAGCAUAACAUGUGGCCGCUGGAGUUGCGUAGCUACGAGUGUGAAGGACGAGUCUGACCUUGAUGUGUGAUGGGGGAGCCUGGCUAUAUAAUGGAGACUUUCUGAAGCAGCGUCAGUCCUCUCAGACACUCGCCUCCACCACCACCAAGAUGAACGGUCUCCUCGCCAGCGCCCUCCUCGUGGCCUCCACCCUCGUCGCCGUCACCGACUCCGCUGUCAUACUUACGGGCACCGCUGUCACGAUUGGAGCAGGAAGUGCAGCUCUUGCUGCUGGUGCUCUUGCUGUUGGUGCCGUGGCUGUUGGAGCAAAGGUACUCGCCAUCAAGGCCAAGCGCCGUGGCAAGCGCCAGGCUCCCGAGUGCGUCUCCUUCGAAAACCCUGAAAUGUACUUCGCUCUGGCCGCCAACGGAGACUUCCUGGACUGCGGGCGCCGCUUCGUGUGUGAGCUGGAGGCCACGCAGGAGGAGAACCUGGCCAGCGAGGAGCUGCUCAUCCGUAACCUGUUCGGACGAGGUUUCAUCUCCUCCAACGGCAGCGCCGGCAACUACUACGCCGAGGCCGCCGCGAUCGGAGCCGCCAGCGGUGUGGGCGCCUGCGUCGACGCCUUCUCUAAGUGCCCCUACGACCGCAAGACUCUCUUCCUGGCGUACCAGAAGGCACAGACGGCUCAGUGAGGCUUUGUCUUUUCUUUUAUAAGUCUCUUGGGAAGACUCCGGUGAUGGGCUGUGCGUCAGACCCUGAGGACUGGUAAUGCGGCAGCCUGGCCGGAGACGCCUUGCUCAUUCUCUCUCUCUCUCUCUCUCUCUCUCUCUCUCCAUCAUUAUGAGGCAGUACAGCCACAUGCGCUCUAUCUCCUGUAUUGUAGCACACUUCGACCAACUGUGUAGAGAGUCAUGCACAAUAAAACUACC